CCAGAGAGCCCUUCUCCCAGACUGACAGGAACAAAAACUCUGAGUGUUUGGAAACAUUUGGAGAGAAAAGAGACAGGGAGGUACUUGAAGAGCAGAGAGGUCACCAUCCUCCAUGAGAAGGAGGAAGAGAAGCGCCGCUCAGCCAGGAAGACAAUCCAGGAGAGUCUUCCAAACAAGUCCACCACAAAAAUGGAUCUGUUCCAGCACGACAUCUGGCAUCACGAAGGUUCAUGUGGGAAACGUUCGUCGUUUGAGCAGACAUUUAGUGGCCGAGACCAGAAGCCCGGCUAAAAUUUCUGCCGUCCCCAAAGAAGAAGUUAAAUCCGGUGAAAAGAAAGACAGACCCACUAGGCACUCCAACGUGGGGAUUCACCUCCCUAAAGUUGAUUUAGGGAAGGCUGAGAGGGAGAUGAAAGAAAAGACGGAACAAGGCCAACAAGAGUUGGAGAAAAGAGACGAAGAGAUCAGGAAUGAUGCACAGGAAGACAUGUGCACACCGCCGCUGCAAGACGAAGAAGCAGAGCAGGCGGAAGAACAUCCGCAGGAACUGCAAAAUCUGCGCCAAGCAUGGCAAAGCAUUAUCCAGACUGAAGACCUAGAAUUUGAAGACAUUGCAGAUCUUGCAGGGGAGACAAUGGAGCUUGGGGAGGCAAAAAAAGAUAAGAGCGCUGGGAGACGCUUUCUUAAUUGGCUGGAUGAAAGGAAGAACGCCAGAACAUACAGGAGAGCGCUGGAGGAGGGCGACCAGCUUUACAGAACUUCCUACAUGGCUCGGCCAAUGACCCGAGCUCAGAGAGAGCAGCGAAAAUGGCAGAAGCAGAGCGCGGAGAAACUUCUGGACGCUCACUGGGAAAUGCGGGGACACAUGAAAGAGGUGCUGAGACUGAAGGAAAAGGAGCGCCAUGAGGGAUGGGCGGCCGGACACGGCCUGAGCGUUCCCGACUCUUCACCAGAGCAGCCCAAGAAAAGGAUGAGCAAGUGGGAGAAGAGAUUCUUAGGAGUGAAAGAGUCCUUCUCCUGCUAGAGACCAGUCUUACAUCAUCAUCUCACAUCUCUCUCUCUAUAUAUAUAUAUAUAUAAAGAUGGACUGUAUAUAUAAUGUGUAAGGGCAGCGCUGUGGCUCAGUGCUCAGCACUGUCGCCUGCGUGGGUUUCCUCUGGGUUUUGCUCCGUUUUCCUUCCGCAGUCCAAACACAUGCGCAACUCCAAACUGUAUUAAAUGAUCAUAACUCCUCUUACAUCAAGU